AUGACCUGGCAGGUCCGUAGGGAGCCUAUUUCCAAUAGCUUUAAUUGCACAUGUAUGCGGAUGGAGUCGUUUGGUAUUCCAUGUGUGCACAUUGUGGCUGUGUGUGUUAGGCUAGACUUAGGAGAACUUCCUGAAAGCCUAGUCUUGCGUAGGUGGUCCAAGACAGCGAAGAUACAUCCCGAAAAUGAAAAUAUUGAGCACUACAUUGCUGACCGAAGCGUGACAUAUAGAACAAGGUUGGGAGCGUUCUCACAGCUGUGCAAGCGGUUAGCCCGGGUGGCUUGCAUGAGUGAUGAUGACUUUAAGGUUUACUCGAACAAGCUUUUAUCCGAUGCGGUUUUACUUGAAAUAAAGUAUGACCUUCGACCAGGAAACAAUGAUCACGCAACAGCAACUGAAAACGGAUUGAAGGACCCAGUUCGUGUUAGAACUAAGGGUACGGGUCGGUGCAGUCAACCCGGUGCUUCUGCUGCCAAGAAGAAAAAAAAGUGCAGUUCUUGCGAGAAACUCGGGCACCGGAGGACUCGAUGCCCUAACGAGGUCACGCAAGCUGCGACAACAACUCAAAAUGCUAACAAAGGAGGACAGAAACGCAAGAGAGCAAAGGUUACAUUCUAA